AUGACGAUGCCAGUCCCAGUUGAUCCAUCAGUACUUACGCUUCAGGCUACCCAUAGAAGCUUAGCUGCGUGGGAGGGCUCCACUACCCAGUUGGUUACUCGUCAACACUACCAGGCGAGUACGUUACAUUGGCAGGUGGAUGAUAGAGUUUUAGAGGUAGUGGAAUUAGCUGGUUUUAGUUACAUUCACAGGUUGUUGGUGGAGAGGUGGAGGCCGGAGACUCAUACAUUCCACCUUACGGUUGGCGAGGCAACAAUUACGUUGCAAGAUGUUGCAGUUAUACUAGGGCUGUCGAUUGAAGGACAAACAGUGAUUGGUCAUGGAGAGGGACAUUGGCCAGCCCUAGUUCUUGAACUGCUAGGGGUUUUGCCAGAAAAUCCUCAAGACCCCACGGAGACGAAGAUCAUCACUAGAUCCUCGUUGAAGUUGACUUGGCUCAGAGAGCAUUUCAGCGUGCUAGAAGACAAUGCGGAUGAUAUUACAGUCGAGAGGUAUGCACACGGGUACAUUUUGUAUCUGUUUGGAUGCAUAUUGUUUCCAGACAAGAGCGGUGACUUGGUCCAAUUGAUCUAUCUCCCUCUGCUAGAAGACUUAGAGCGGUUAAAUGAGUAUAGUUGGGGAAAUAUGGUCAUGGGAGCAUAUUCAUAUAAGGAAGCCUAUCAUUCGGACGAUUUGACCCGCUGGUUUGAAAUGUUGGGUUGUGCGAAUUUUAACCCUCUUGGCAGUGAAGGAACAAGAAUUCGUGUUUUUCUUGGGCUUUGUUCUAAUUAUCAAAUUUAUGUAUGCGUAUUUCAUGAUUUUGAAAUGUUGGGUUAUAUUUCAUGA